GAUUCAAUUUUAUUAAAGCUAUAGGAAACAGGAAUGGCCUUUAGUGAAGUUUGUACAAUUUGUUUAUGCGUUAAUGUUCGCAUGCUUGUACUAAAGAAGACUGGUCUCCGAAAUUUGUACAAAACAUUGACGAACACUUUUAUGGAUGAGGUUGAGGAGCCCAUAAUUGUUUGUUUCACCUGUCAUGCAAGACUUGUUCGUUGUAGAAGAUUACAAGAACAGGCUGUUGAGUCAAAAGCAGUUCUGGAGCAGUUACUUGCAGGAGAGUCCAUGGUAUUAUCUGUUCCAUUCAUUAAAACCUACUACCUAAACCUAUUUGCCAUGCUUAGCAGGUUGGUAACCACAGUGAAUAUUAGUCUGAGUUGUUAUCAGGAAAAUGCUGCCACCCAACUCCUGUUUAUGUUUCCCUUUGUCGUCUCUUACGACCGCCGUCCCGUGGGUAGGUAUAUAAGCUAGUGGAUAUUCUUACACUGUCACUACACGUCCACGGUAUUAUAUUUCUUAUUAAUAAAAGUUCACUGCUUGAAGAGUCAUUACGUGGUGUAGCCUCCAUGACAGUAUAUAUUAGUGUUAAGUAGAAUAAGUUUAAUAGUAUAAUUAAAGACUUAGUAUCAACAACACAUCACUCUCAUUUAACACUUUUAAAACAUUACAUGGCGACCCUGCCAGGCGGUGUGCUGCUACAAUGCACGCGCACCGCUGGGCCUAUUUAAUAUUAAAAAGCAUAUAUAAAUAUUAUUAAAUUAAAGUGAAACAAUUGAUAAAAAAAUAUUAUAAGGGAAUAGACACAAUACCAAAUGUGACGAAAAAUAAAUAAAUAGAAUACAAGAAGAGGCCACAAUAAUUAUUCAAUAGAAGCUCUCUGAAAAUUAAAUGUAAUAUUAAGACAACUAACCAAGAAAGAGGAAAAUAAUUUAUGGAUUUUUUUAUAUAAUGACCAAAUACCAAAAUUAUUCAAGAAAUAGCAGAUUAAUUUUAAAAGGAAAGAAGCAGUUGUAAUCUUGAAAGCUUCGUCCAGAAUCAGAAGAAUGUCAAAAUAGAGCCAAGAAGAACAAAGAAAAAAAUAUGUUUAUAUUUUUAAUAUUUUGUAUUUAACAUAAUAUGGUAAAGUCGAGUUUAUUAAUCAGAUACUCCACGAUUUAAUUGAUAUUUUUAUAUCUUUCUUAGUGUAUCUAAAGAAAAAUCAUAAUGCAAUAUUAAAAAUUAAGUUCCCGUUUUAAGCACUCGUAUCAUGUUUUUAGGCACAAGACGAUUUUAUAUUAAAUUUCAUUCAGUUACAUAUAGUUUUAUAUUAUUUUUAUUACUGUGUCUUGAAAAAACGAAUGAAAUAAUAUACUAGAUUACAUUUUUACGUACUUAAAUUAGUAUGGUUUGGUCAUUUAGAUAUUAUUCUUUAAUUAAGUUUAGAAUAGUUUUUAGGUUUGAUAAAAAAUAGAUAACUUUAUUUUUUAUUUUGUCGGAUGGAAGUGUAGUGUAGCCUCCACAACAGUAUAAUAUAUUAGUGUUAAGUAGAAUAAGUUUAAUAGUACAAUUAAAGACUUGUAUCAACAACAUGUCUCUCUCUCAUCUAACACUUUUAAAACAUUACAGAAGUAUUUGCCUUAAUCAUCACUUGGCAGGCACCUUGAUGAUCACUAUCUGUCUUGCGCCUUCUAUGCUGCUUCCCGUUGCCAUAUGGGAGAAUGUUUUUUCUAUUGCAAAGUUAAGUUUAUCCUUCAAUCCAACUUACUUUUUUGUUAGAACAAUGUUCUAUAUUUUACAAAUUACAGUAAGUUGAGUAUUUGUUUUUACAAAAAUAAUUAGCUAACUGUUUAUGCUGUUAUAUAUUACUCUAUUGUAUAUAAACGAAAUAUUAUCUAUAUGUAAUAUUUCUCAGUAAACAAAGAUAGAUCUCUGUCAAUUUACGACAUUCGUGAAUCUAAUUGGAAAAAUUGUUGAGACUAUCUCGGGAUGGCUGAACUAUAUACAUUCUUAUGCAAGUUUAUUCAGAACCCUCACUUUGUCCGGUUUUUAUUAUUUUUGGAGUUGUUGUCAGAAAGAUGCUGCUGCCCAUCUACUGUUUCAGUUUCCCUCUGUCCCUUUUUAUGACAUCUGCGGGAUGAUAUGCUAGUAUGGAUUCUCCUAUGGCAUCACUACACUGGCUUUAUCUCUUAUUUAAAAAAAGGAUUUGGUUUCAGUCAAUACCAAAACCGCAUGAGGCUAGAGAUAAGAUUCAGUUCACACCAAUUAGUCAUAUAGAUAUCAGGCCAGUAGAGUGUGAUAUAGAUAAUGAUUGUAAGAACGAAAAGUUUAGCCUUGAAUCUGUUAAAGUUGAGGAAGAGAAUUUCGAAAAUGAGAAUUCCAAAUUUGAAGAAAGUGGGAAUCAUGAAACAGGUAAGAUAUACACAUUUUGUGAUAUUAUUAAAAUAAACCUACAAGUUACCUAAUGGCAAGUGGUUACUGUAGCCCAUGGACACAAAAUAAUAUUAUAGUGACAUAUUGGGGUGGAUUAGGCCGUGUGUUCCAGACGGGUACCAAUUUACUCGACAAGGCGCUUUUAAUGCGAACAUUACGCAUUCUUAAUAGAAUGGCUGAAGACAUUGACCUAUUCUGUUGCGCCUUGAGUGAAUUCACUAGGGUAAGAUUGUUUACAAUUUGUUACUGUUAAUGACCACAUUUUUGUUCUGCAUGAAAAGAACUACACUGUCGCAUUAGGUUAUUCCUGUCAUGAUAGUUGUUAUUUUAAAUUAAUAAAUAAUUGUCAACGUAAAAUAAUGAGCUAUAUAUAUUAAAAAUAUUUUGAUCCUUUAUAAAUGCAGCCAGUAUGUAUGUCACUUAAGAUGGAUUAAUUUCAUAGGAAUUAAUGAUAUACUUACAACUGGUAAGCACGUUUUAUACGUGGUGAGCCAUGCUGCAUGCUAUAUUAGUACUAUAGUUGUAGCAUGAAUGGGUCGGCUCAGCCGGGGAAGGACCACGCUCUCACAGAAUACCAGCGUAAAAUAGCAGCUCAAUGCUGCUGUGUUUCGUAUGGUGAGUGUAGAGAACCGGAGACCCUUUUUACUGAAAAAAAAAGGCAUUCCAACUUAGUCCUCACGGGUGACAACGCAUCUGCAUUUUGAUUCGCAAACGAGGAUAAAUGUAGAUGUCUAUGGGCCACAGCAACCAUUUAACAUCAGGUGGACUGUGUGCUCGUUUGUCACCCUAUCCUAUAAAAAAAGCAACUUGUCUUUGCUAAUUUCUUUAGGAAUGCCACAAAGCACGGGCUUUAGCCAUCUACUUUCUGCAUGUCUUACCAGGUCGUCACUCCAUCUAGUGGGGGACUGCCUUAUACUUAGUCUACCGGUACGAGGCUACCACUCGAGAAUCUUUCUUCCCCAUCGGUUGUCAGUUCUUCGGCCCAUUGCCACUUCAGCUUAUUACACUUAGUUUAUGAAACAUGCAGUAUGGUAAUGAAAAUGGGUGGCUCAGGACCAUAAGCUUUGUGAUGGACUGUAAUGAUCUAGUCGCUUGAAAAAAUAUCAAUUAUUAUUUUAUAUAUUGAGUCAGAAUCUGUUUCAUUCUAGAGAGUGCUGAAAAACAAGAAGACUUGGAGAUUGAUGCUUUUGAAGAUGGACAUACAGAUUUGGAGGACGACUUGCCACUAAUUGCAUUUGGUUCACAGGGUAAAAAAGAUGACGAUGACAUUGGUAAAUGAAUUUAUGUUAAAAAACAUGUAUCAAAAAAAUAAAAAAAUCACCACAAAUUCGUCUUGCAUCAUGUAGUUGGAGAUGUACUAUAAAUACAAAAUUUUGUUUUUUAAUUGCUUUAGUCACAUCAAGGUUCCACAAUAAAAUAUCGUGCACCCAGCGAAGGGAGCGGUUAUCAGCUAGUGUUUAAUAUAAUGGAAUUUCGCAAUGUAACGCCUGAUUCUAUUAAUAAUCUUUUUGUCUUGCCUUACUACGCGGUCGAAGGCACCUCUGCCGAUUUUUAACAUCCUUCGUGUCGCAAAGACACGCCGACGCGACGCCUGAUAACAACGACAUACUAACCUAAUAAUAUAAUAUCAACUACGUAGUGAUAUUAAUAAUGUAUAAUAGUAAUUCAAUAAUGUUAAUGUUAAUAAUGAAUUUAAUGUUAAGGUCAAUUUUACUUUCAAAGUCAUAUAUUUUAAUUUGCAUGUUUAAUUUUUAACUAUGAAAUGAUAAAUUAUGUAUAUUGUGUUGGCAAUAAAGGCUUAAAUGUAAGUGUAAGUAUUCAAAUGAAUGUACAUCUCGAGAAUCGUAGCCUAUUUAUUUAGACGUUUGGCGCGUAAAAAAUAAAAUGGCCUAGCGCUUGACGGGUUAGCAAAAAUCAAUAUUUAAGGUUAACUGAGAGGUGUAGCCUAAUGCUAUAUUAUUCCUAUACUAUUCCUCAUGAAGAAAACCAUUCCACUAUAUUAUAUUAGUAUAGGUUACAAAGUUAUAAUGCAGUUGUUGUAUUAUGUUCAUGUUAUUUUUAUGUUUAUGUCAUAUUCUCUUACUCCUUUGGUGUCGUUCCAAGCUUAUGGAAGACAGCGUUAGUGCAUUCGAUUCCUAAAAAAGGCUGGGACCUAUCCAACUACAGGCCUAUCGCCGUCACCUCCUUGUUCUCCAAAAUAAUGGAAUCCAUUAUUAACUGCCAGCUCACGCGGUACCUUGAAGAGAAUAAGCUGAUUAGUGACCUUCAAUACGGUUUCCGUCGAAGCUGUUAGGAUCGAUAGGACGUGUAUGUGUGUAUAAAUACACACAUACACGCUUACAAAAUUAACUAUUUUAUGGGUGCCGGUGGAGACCGCACCUGGGUUGCUAGCGUACUGUGAAAUUUUACGGCAAACCCCUAGCCCCCGAGCUACCGGGCGUAGUUUUGAAUCUUUGUAUGGCCUACAAAUAAUUCCUCUAUCUUAAUUUUCCCCUAAACUUUCACUGCUGAACAUGCAAGGAUCUCUCCCGGUGUAGGGAGGAUUUGCCUUGAGCGUCACGCUUGGCACAGGAUUGACGAUGGCAGAACCAGACGUGAGCAGCUCUGGCAAUGUUGCCUGGCGCCGGUCUGGAUAUUUUACAUCUGAAGUAAACGAGGUGGUUAUACCAGCAUCUGUCGGAAGCCAUCAGAUUUUUCUGGCAAACCCAUAGUCGCCUCUUACGAAACCCACGGGACAAAAUGUGAUGAUGAAUUCUCUUAUGCCGCACUUAUACGCCAACUUUGACUGUACUGUGUGUAUAACACUAGUUCUGUGGAGUUGUGAAAAAAGUGGAAUUCGAAACAGCGAUUAUUAGAUUAAUGAAAUUCUAACAUGGUCAGAAGAAUCAUUCUUUCCCUCCAAAAAUGAUUAUGAGAGACAUUAUUCGGAGUAAUUGGAUAAAAUACUUAAUAUCUAGCAACGUAAUUUAGUAUAAUUAUCUAAAAUAAUAUAAUUUCUCUAUUUCUCCCUGGGUUAACUGAUAGAGAAUGCCAUAAGGCAUAAACUCCGCCCAUUGUAAACCGUUUAAGGGGUUUUGCAAUAAACAUGCAAUAACUUACAAUAAAUAAAAAGUUUAACUUCGACAAAUAAUUUUUCAGAAAUUUCUGAAAAGAAGAUUAAAUCAAAUUCUACUGAUUAUAACAUAAACGAUGUUCGUGGAGAAAACCUCGAUUUUGAAGGCCCUCCUAUUGAAUCAAACCCUAAAAUUAAAAAAGAUAAUCAACCAAUU